AUGUCUUAUUAUGGCGGAAGCGACCCCAGCCCGUAUGACUAUCCUCUCCCAGGAUCGGCAAGCGCAAGGGCCUCUUCGGCCGUAGGCACAAGUAGAAGGCGUUCACAUGCUCCCUUUGGAGGACCCUCAAGAUCAUCGUUUCACAUUCUUGGAGUAGCAUUUCGCCACUCUUUCAUCAUGUCUUACUCUGGCGAAAGCAGCCCCAGCCCGUAUGACUACCCUCUUCCAGAUGUCGUCGUGACUGGCCUUACCGGCGGAUACGGCAGCGAGAAGAAGGGCAAGGGCCACCACUACGGCGGCAAGGGCCACGGUCACUAUGGCCACGGUCACCACGGACACCACGGCGGCAAGCACAAGGGUGGCCAUUACGGUGGUGCGGUGGUGCAGGCUGAGCACAGCAGCGCACAUGGUGUGGUGCGACGACGCAGACUCAGCACAGCGGCGCACAUGGUGUUUGACGCAUUUGAGCACCGAGACAGCAAGCAGUUCUUGAAGCAGCUCACCAUCCAGCACCCCUUCAUCACCGCUCAGAUCGCUCAAGUGCCCGCCCACACUGUUAGUAGACACAUCAUGUGUAUCAAGACGCAGGCCACCUCUCAGGCAGCACCUUCAUCGCGCACAGCCCCUCUUUCCCUCCUUGACCCUUCCUCACUCUUCCAUCCUUUCUGUGCCGUCCACUCUGUUCUCGUCUCCCUGCGUCUCGGAGGCAACGAAAAGGACAUGGACGGCGCAACGCGCAACCAGUACACGCUCCUCGACUUUGCCUCCUUGCCUCCAGCACCUCUCAGGGCAGCCCCUCCUUCUUCCCUGUCCCCUCAUCUCCAUCCCUCCUCCCCUUCCCCUCCAACUGUCCCUUCUCCCUGUUCCCCUCCCCCCUGUCCCCUCCCCCCUAUCCCUUCCCCCCUGUUCCAUCGUUCCUGUUCCAUCGUUCCUGUCCCUUCUGCCCUGUUCUGUUCUCCCUGCAAUUUACCAGGGAGGCAACGAAAAGGACAUGGACGGCGCAACGCGCAACCAGUACACGCUCCUCAACUUUGCCUCCUUGCCUCCAGUCCAGACGCAAGGCACCUCUCAGGCAGCACCUUUGUUGCGCACAGCCAGUGGGGCUUCGAGGCCCGCUUCACUCUGCUGCACCUCGCCUCCUCCCUCGCCUCCUCCCUCGCCAUGUGGUGCCGCUCUCAUGGGUGCUUUGGCCCCGCCAGGCUCAUGCUCUUUCAAGGCGGCAUGCUCAGAACGCAGGGCCACUUCACUCUACUGCACCUCGCCUCCUCCCUCGCCACCUGGCGCCGCUCCCGUGGCUCCCAUCAGAUGCGCAUGGACGGGGCAAUGAAGGACGUGCUGUCGUGGAUACACGAGACACUGCCACCUGGAGAUACACGAGACACUGCCACCUGGAGAUACACGAGACACUGCCACCUGGAGAUACACGAGACACUGCCACCUGGAGAUACACGAGACACUGCCACCUGGAGAUACACGAGACACUGCCACCUGGAGAUACACGAGACACUGCCACCUGGAGAUACACGAGACACUGCCACCUGGAGAUACACGAGACACUGCCACCUGGAGAUACACGAGACACUGCCACCUGGAGAUACACGAGACACUGCCACCUGGAGAUACACGAGACACUGCCACCUGGAGAUACACGAGACACUGCCACCUGGAGAUACACGAGACACUGCCACCUGGAGAUACACGAGACACUGCCACCUGGAGAUACACGAGACACUGCCACCUGGAGAUACACGAGACACUGCCACCUGGAGAUACACGAGACACUGCCACCUGGAGAUACACGAGACACUGCCACCUGGAGAUACACGAGACACUGCCACCUGGAGAUACACGAGACACUGCCACCUGGAGAUACACGAGACACUGCCACCUGGAGAUACACGAGACACUGCCACCUGGAGAUACACGAGACACUGCCACCUGGAGAUACACGAGACACUGCAACCUGGAGAUACACGAGACACUGCCACCUGGAGAUACACGAGACACUGCCACCUGGAGAUACACGAGACACUGCCACCUGGAGAUACACGAGACACUGCCACCUGGAGAUACACGAGACACUGCCACCUGGAGACACACGAGACACUGCCACCUGGAGAUACACGAGACACUGCCACCUGGAGAUACACGAGACACUGCCACCUGGAGAUACACGAGACACUGCCACCUGGAGAUACACGAGACACUGCCACCUGGAGAUACACGAGACACUGCCACCUGGAGAUACACGAGACACUGCCACCUGGAGAUACACGAGACACUGCCACCUGGAGAUACACGAGACACUGCCACCUGGAGAUACACGAGACACUGCCACCUGGAGAUACACGAGACACUGCCACCUGGAGAUACACGAGACACUGCCACCUGGAGAUACACGAGACACUGCCACCUGGAGAUACACGAGACAUUGCCACCUGGAGAUACACGAGACACUGCCACCUGGAGAUACACGAGACACUGCCACCUGGAGAUACACGAGACACUGCCACCUGGAGAUACACGAGACAUUGCCACCUGGAGAUACACGAGACACUGCCACCUGGAGAUACACGAGACACUGCCACCUGGAGAUACACGAGACACUGCCACCUGGAGAUACACGAGACACUGCCACCUGGAGAUACACGAGACACUGCCACCUGGAGAUACACGAGACACUGCCACCUGGAGAUACACGAGACACUGCCACCUGGAGAUACACGAGACACUGCCACCUGGAGAUACACGAGACACUGCCACCUGGAGAUACACGAGACACUGCAACCUGGAGAUACACGAGACACUGCCACCUGGAGAUACACGAGACACUGCCACCUGGAGAUACACGAGACACUGCCACCUGGAGAUACACGAGACACUGCCACCUGGAGAUACACGAGACAUUGCCACCUGGAGAUACACGAGACACUGCCACCUGGAGAUACACGAGACACUGCCACCUGGAGAUACACGAGACACUGCCACCUGGAGAUACACGAGACACUGCCACCUGGAGAUACACGAGACACUGCCACCUGGAGAUACACGAGACACUGCCACCUGGAGAUACACGAGACACUGCCACCUGGAGAUACACGAGACACUUGCCACCUGGAGAUACACGAGACACUGCCACCUGGAGAUACACGAGACACUGCCACCUGGAGAUACACGAGACACUGCCACCUGGAGAUACACGAGACACUGCCACCUGGAGAUACACGAGACACUGCCACCUGGAGAUACACGAGACACUGCCACCUGGAUAUACACGAGACACUGCCACCUGGAGAUACACGAGACACUGCCACCUGGAGAUACACGAGACACUGCCACCUGGAGAUACACGAGACACUGCCACCUGGAGAUACACGAGACACUGCCACCUGGAGAUACACGAGACACUGCCACCUGGAGAUACACGAGACACUGCCACCUGGAGAUACACGAGACACUGCCACCUGGAGAUACACGAGACACUGCCACCUGGAGAUACACGAGACACUGCCACCUGGAGAUACACGAGACACUGCCACCUGGAGAUACACGAGACACUGCCACCUGGAGAUACACGAGACACUGCCACCUGGAGAUACACGAGACACUGCCACCUGGAGAUACACGAGACACUGCCACCUGGAGAUACACGAGACACUGCCACCUGGAGAUACACGAGACACUGCCACCUGGAGAUACACGAGACACUGCCACCUGGAGAUACACGAGACACUGCCACCUGGAGAUACACGAGACACUGCCACCUGGAUAUACACGAGACACUGCCACCUGGAGAUACACGAGACACUGCCACCUGGAGAUACACGAGACACUGCCACCUGGAGAUACACGAGACACUGCCACCUGGAGAUACACGAGACACUGCAACCUGGAGAUACACGAGACACUGCCACCUGGAGAUACACGAGACACUGCCACCUGGAGAUACACGAGACACUGCCACCUGGAGAUACACGAGACACUGCCACCUGGAGAUACACGAGACACUGCCACCUGGAGAUACACGAGACACUGCCACCUGGAGAUACACGAGACACUGCCACCUGGAGAUACACGAGACACUGCCACCUGGAGAUACACGAGACACUGCCACCUGGAGAUACACGAGACACUGCCACCUGGAGAUACACGAGACACUGCCACCUGGAGAUACACGAGACACUGCCACCUGGAGAUACACGAGACACUGCCACCUGGAGAUACACGAGACACUGCCACCUGGAGAUACACGAGACACUGCCACCUGGAGAUACACGAGACACUGCCACCUGGAGAUACACGAGACACUGCCACCUGGAGAUACACGAGACACUGCCACCUGGAGAUACACGAGACACUGCCACCUGGAGAUACACGAGACACUGCCACCUGGAGAUACACGAGACACUGCCACCUGGAGAUACACGAGACACUGCCACCUGGAGAUACACGAGACACUGCCACCUGGAGAUACACGAGACACUGCCACCUGGAGAUACACGAGACACUGCCACCUGGAGAUACACGAGACACUGCCACCUGGAGAUACACGAGACACUGCCACCUGGAGAUACACGAGACACUGCCACCUGGAGAUACACGAGACACUGCCACCUGGAGAUACACGAGACACUGCCACCUGGAGAUACACGAGACACUGCCACCUGGAGAUACACGAGACACUGCCACCUGGAGAUACACGAGACACUGCCACCUGGAGAUACACGAGACACUGCCACCUGGAGAUACACGAGACACUGCCACCUGGAGAUACACGAGACACUGCCACCUGGAGAUACACGAGACAUUGCCACCUGGAGAUACACGAGACACUGCCACCUGGAGAUACACGAGACACUGCCACCUGGAGAUACACGAGACACUGCCACCUGGAGAUACACGAGACACUGCCACCUGGAGAUACACGAGACACUGCCACCUGGAGAUACACGAGACACUGCCACCUGGAGAUACACGAGACACUGCCACCUGGAGAUACACGAGACACUGCCACCUGGAGAUACACGAGACACUGCCACCUGGAGAUACACGAGACACUGCCACCUGGAGAUACACGAGACACUGCCACCUGGAGAUACACGAGACACUGCCACCUGGAGAUACACGAGACACUGCCACCUGGAUAUACACGAGACACUGCCACCUGGAGAUACACGAGACACUGCCACCUGGAGAUACACGAGACACUGCCACCUGGAGAUACACGAGACACUGCCACCUGGAGAUACACGAGACACUGCCACCUGGAGAUACACGAGACACUGCCACCUGGAGAUACACGAGACACUGCCACCUGGAGAUACACGAGACACUGCCACCUGGAGAUACACGAGACACUGCCACCUGGAGAUACACGAGACACUGCCACCUGGAGAUACACGAGACACUGCCACCUGGAGAUACACGAGACACUGCCACCUGGAGAUACACGAGACACUGCCACCUGGAGAUACACGAGACACUGCCACCUGGAGAUACACGAGACACUGCCACCUGGAGAUACACGAGACACUGCCACCUGGAGAUACACGAGACACUGCCACCUGGAGAUACACGAGACACUGCCACCUGGAGAUACACGAGACACUGCCACCUGGAGAUACACGAGACACUGCCACCUGGAGAUACACGAGACACUGCCACCUGGAGAUACACGAGACACUGCCACCUGGAGAUACACGAGACACUGCCACCUGGAGAUACACGAGACAUUGCCACCUGGAGAUACACGAGACACUGCCACCUGGAGAUACACGAGACACUGCCACCUGGAGAUACACGAGACACUGCCACCUGGAGAUACACGAGACACUGCCACCUGGAGAUACACGAGACACUGCCACCUGGAGAUACACGAGACACUGCCACCUGGAGAUACACGAGACACUGCCACCUGGAGAUACACGAGACACUGCCACCUGGAGAUACACGAGACACUGCCACCUGGAGAUACACGAGACACUGCCACCUGGAGAUACACGAGACAUUGCCACCUGGAGAUACACGAGACACUGCCACCUGGAGAUACACGAGACACUGCCACCUGGAGAUACACGAGACACUGCCACCUGGAGAUACACGAGACACUGCCACCUGGAGAUACACGAGACACUGCCACCUGGAGAUACACGAGACACGUGCGCCUCACUCCUGGUUGUCCCUUCCUCACCUCCUCCGCGCCCCCUCACAUGCAUGCAUGAGCUAUCACACUGCACUCCACCCCUUGCCCCUGCUUUGCAGCCCCCCCUUCCUUCCUCACCCCCAUCAGAUGCGGUAACGAGAGGGGGAAAGAAGAGGAAGAAGAGGGAGGGGGGAGUGCUGCCGUGGGUGAGCAAGCACCUGGAGACGCUGCGGCGGCGGCAGAAGGGAGGCGCGGAGGACGGCGAUCCGACCUUCUCAGAGCCCUGUGUGCACCGCAACCUGCGGUACGUAUCUCUGCACGAUGGGGAAGAGGGGGCAGAUGGGGAAGAUGGGGAAGAGGGGGAAGAUGGGGGGGUGGAUGAAGAGGGAGAUAGGACGGCGACCCACCUUCCUAGGGAGUCGUGUGUGCACCGCAACCUGCUGUACUGA